AUGGGUUCCGUUCCAAAGAAGCAGUGGGCACAGGUUGUGGAGAAGACCGGUGGUCCAGUCGUGUACAAGGAGAUUGACGUCCAGGAGCCUGGCCCAGAUGAGGUCCUCGUUAACAUCAAGUACUCUGGUGUCUGCCACACCGAUCUGCACGCCGUGAACGGUGACUGGCCACUACCAACCAAGCUUCCUCUUGUGGGCGGCCACGAGGGUGCCGGCGUGGUUGUAGCGAAGGGCAACCUUGUCGAAGAUAUCGAGAUCGGCGACCAUGCGGGUGUGAAGUGGAUCAACGGCUCGUGCUUGCAGUGCGAUUUCUGCCAACAAUCUGACGAACCCCUUUGCGGGAAGGCACUCCUCUCAGGUUACACGGUCGACGGCUCUUUCCAGCAGUACUGUAUCGCCAAGGCUGCACAUGUGGCACGUCUGCACAAGGACAUCCCACUCGAUGCUGUGGCCCCAGUGCUGUGCGCCGGUAUCACCGUAUACAAAGGCCUGAAGGAGUCUGGUGCUCGCCCAGGCCAGUCUGUGGCCAUUGUUGGUGCUGGUGGCGGUCUUGGAUCCCUUGCACAGCAAUACGCCAAGGCCAUGGGCCUGAAGACCAUCGCCAUUGAUACUGGUGACGAGAAGAAGAAGAUGUGUACUGAGCAACUCGGCUCGUACGCUUUUGUCGACUUUGCCAAGAGCCAGAACGUGGUCAAGGAUGUGCAGGCAGCGACCGAAGAUGGACUUGGCCCACACGCGGUCAUCCUUGUGGCCGUGAAUGAGAAGCCUUUCCAGCAAGCAGCAGAGUACGUCCGCCCGCGAGGCACAGUCAUUUGCAUUGGUCUUCCAGCCGGUGCGUACCUAAAGGCUCCAGUUUUUGAGAGCGUAAUCAAGAUGAUAACGAUCAGGGGAUCCUAUGUUGGCAACCGCAAAGACUCGGCAGAGGCCCUCGAAUUCUUCCGUCGUGGUGUUAUCAAGGCACCAUUCAAGGUGGUGGGAUUGAGCGAGUUGCAAAAGGUCUACGAUGCCAUGCAUCAGGGCCAGAUCGCUGGACGAUAUGUCGUCGAUACUUCGAAGUAA